GUGUAUGUUUUAUUUAUGCUUUUAGUUGAACCAGGGCCUGUGACUGAACUGAAGGGGAAACCAUUGCAAAACCGAUGUGUAGAGCUUCAAUGGAAACCAUCAAGUCCAACCAGAUCCUACGUGUUUAUUGUGACCUACAGAUCAACUUGCUCUCCAGAACUGGAGAAAAGAGUUUACUAUUACAAGAAGAAAUUCAAUGACAGUGUUGUAAUAUGUGAUCUGGUGCCAUAUACCUUGUACACAUUCAGUGUCAAAGGUCGAGUAAUUGAAGACAGUGGAACAUACAUCGAGCGUGGUUACUGGAGCAAGCCAGAAGUAGUUAAAGUGCGAACGGACAAAGAUGUGCUGGAUGUAAAUCCUGUGACAACACCUGGACUGUAUGAGAUAUCUGCUGAUUCUCUGUCUCUGUACUGGACUCCAAUGAAGGAUUGCGAUUUACAUGAUGCAUCAGAUAACGUGAGUUACAUUCUGUCACUGAACAAUGUGACCAAAUCAGUGAAACAUCCGGCUUUCAUGGCAGAGAUAGAUAUACAUGUUCCACGAAUGAGUAUGCUCAAUGUUACUGUUCAAGCUUCAAACAGCGUGGGCUCCCCUCCCUCGAACAGAGAUGUUACCAUUUUCCCAGCAUUGGAUGACCUUAGUCCCUCAGAACUGAUAGUACAGUACAACAAGACAAUUAAAGAUUGUGUGACAUCAGCUGAGAUAGUAGUCAGGGAAAAACUGUCCAAGUUCUCUGAUGUGUCCCAUACAUUGGUCUGGUGUAAAGGAACACAAGACUGUCAGGAGCCAGUUAUAUUUGAGAAACUGAAAAAUGCAACUGCUUUUGUGUUCCCUGGCAACCUGUGUGAUGCUGACUAUCGCUAUGGUUUAGCUACCCAUGGUUACCUUAAAGGUCAAAGUGAGAUAACUGAUACUGGUAUUCACUGGGAACUUUGUAUUUACCAGUCAGGAAAAGAGAUUGACAAGCCGUUAGGCAAUGUUCGACUGUGGGAGGUUGAAGAGGGUACAGGAUUUACUGUCGAAUGGACUCACUACAACUGUAAAGAAAUGAAAGUUUUUAUCACUCAUUACAAUGUAGAAUACUGUGUGUCUGGUGAUAAAGAUGAUUGUUCAUGUAAAAGUAAAAACACUGUGAAUGUCUCUCGACAUAACACAAGUUACACUUCGACGAAUGAUCUAUUAGCUGGUUCCCAUGUGUGCGUCUGGGUUAGAGGGGUAUGCAGCACUGGAAAGGGACCAGCAAAUGAAAAACCAAAAACACUAAAUAUUGGUGAAGCAGAUAGUAUUGUUUUGAAAGUUAUUGCAGUGGUUUUGUCUCUUCUUUCUUUUGUCAUUCUUAUGAUUGGUUUGCUUCUCUUUAUCAGGAAAUAUUACAGAAAAAUGAAAGACAGGGGAAAGAUUACUUUACCAGAGAUUGAUAGUAACCAUGACAACAUGCAGGGCCAGUAUGACAGACUGCUUUACAAUGAAACAUCUGGUAUGGAUACUUCAGAAUCUGUUCCUAACAACUACUCCAGUGCAGGUACAACAUCCACACGUGUGCCCAACAUCUCUGAGGGUCAACCACUACUCUAUUAUGACUGUGAAAGCUCAGGUGAUAUUGAUGGUUAUAAACAGCCAAAUGACUUUGAAGCAAUUGAGUCAGGAUACCAAGAGGAAGCUUUAACUUCUGAAAAUUCACUGGAAGUGGGAUCUGAAGACCAGGAGGAAGAAUCUCAGAAGACUUUGGAGGAACAAAAGACAGCUGAAUCUCUGGCUAAUGUUGAUAUGGUUGACAGAAGUGAUGUUGCAAUGAAAGACGAACCUGAUCAGAACAGAAAUAUUGUUAAAAGUCAGUCAGAACUUCAGCUGGAUCAGGUAAAUGACUGCAAUCAUAAAGAAAACAUUGAACUGCAAACUAUGACAUCUAAUUGUGCCAACCAUUUUUCAUCUGCUAGCAUACUUGUACCUCAGGAAUUGGAAGACGAAACUGAGUUAACAAGCAUACCUUUUGAGAUGUUUAUAGAUCAGGAAGUAACAUCUGAAGAUUUAUACAAAGAAUUCGGCAGUGGUUCCACAUUUUUUUAUGAAAGUGGUGUAGAAGAAUCGAAUGAAAAUGAUAAGGAAAAUGGUAAGGCUGAUCAACUUUUUGUGAAAGAAAGUGACAGCAGUGGGGGUAGAUCAUACCCACAGGAUCGUUCAGAGUCUGUAGAUGGAAGUAUAGAUGUGUCUGAUAGGAGUGAUAAUGAAUCAGGCAGUGUCAAUCUUUCUGGUCAAACAAGUGCAAUUGCAUGCAAUUUAACAGCUGCUAGUGAGCCAUUAGAACAAAACAGUUCAGAGAAAUCAAUAAAUGGUAGUAUGUCUGAUUUAUCUGAAAAAGAUGAGGCUGAAACCACCAGUGACAUUGAUGGUACAGACAAUAACUUGAAUGAAUCCUAUAGUUCAAGUGUAAUUUAUAAAAGAUCAGAAGAUGUGAGAGGCAUGAGUGAGAGUGAGGAUGAUACAGGUUAUAAAAGAUCAGAGGAUGUAUUUAGCAUGAGUGAGAGUGAAGAUGACAUUGAGGGUGUAUCUGGUGAUUCAGCUGAUCAGACUAAAAGCACAGAUGUAUUAAAAUCAUGUGAUCAGCAUGUAAUGAAUAUGGAAAAACUAGAGAACAAAAACAAUAUUGUCAAUGGAUUGAUUGGUAAAAAUGGGUUCAUUUCAAGUGUACCUAACUUGAUUGAUAAUAGGAAUAGUAUUUCAAGUGGCAGUGACAGUUCCAUCGAACAUCAGUCAACAAGCAGUUGUCAUGGUAACAGCGGUUCAUCUAGUGGUGUGAAGAGCUAUGUAACAGCUGAUGUUAAACAUAAUCUUCAAGAAGUUGAUAGAAAAUAUAAUUCAGAUGGUUUAAAGCCAGGUGAAAAAUCUAAGAAAAGCCCUUACCGAAAUGGAAAGAAAAUACCAGAUGUUGCAAUGUCCUGACAGAAUUUUUUUAGCUACAGUCAAUGAAAUAUAUAUCUCGAUGAAUCAUCUAUCAGAAAUUUAAAAAAUGGAUCUCAAGAUGAAUUGAAAGAAAGGUUGUUAGAUAGGAAAUUUUGCAAAAAACUUCUUGUCAGUACAAAAGUCUUUUCAUUGUCACUUGAUAAAUUAUUUUUGUGUUUUUUUUUGCCAUGAAGCUUACUGCCGGGUAUUUGAAUAAGAUUUAAUUGAUUGGAUAGUCCAGUUAAAUGUACUUUAAGACUCAAUUAAUGUUAAAAAUUUAAGAUAAAUUGUAGCUGCAACUUACACAAAAUCAAAUUUUGUUUGAAGUACAGUCGAAACUCGGUAUCUCGAAUUUCAAGGGCCCGUGCUUUUUAUUUCGAGAUAACCGAAAUUCGAGUUACAAGGAGGGAAGUAUAUGGACGAAAUGUGUACACAUUACGAAAAGAUUUAAUAAAAAAUAAAAAGUGUUUCCUUGAUGCCAUGUAUACGCUAGCUGUCGGCACUUUACGCGUACACGAUCCCGUACAGUUUGUUUCAGUUUUUCGAAAAUAAAAAUGAUACUAACCUCAAAUGUUUUUGAGUCAAGUUUCCUUUUUGUACCAUGUUUUUCUCCCAGAGGAUUGACAGCAUUUCGAUCUGACAUUUUGGAUGAAUUAUGCCUUCCCACAAGAAGUAAAUUUUAAUAGUUACAGUGUCAUCGCGAUUACCUCUAAUUAAUCCUUAUUAAAGAUCCCAACUGUUCAAACGAAUUAAUUCAUUAGUUUAAAUUAAAAUCAAUUUUCAUAAAGUCUAAUAACAAAUGACUGCUAAUUAAAGAAAUCUAAUGUUUACAUGAAUCAGUUAUCAUUAUGGCACGUGCAAUCAUUAUGACAUCGUCUCACUUUGAUAAUCGCCGCACCUUUGAUAUGUCGGCAUCACGGCUUCCUGGUUAGGCAAUAAACACGGACAUGUGUUAAAAACCAAACACAUUCACAAUGACGUGUUAAAUUUUAUCGCAUAUUUUUCUCACUUCGACUUACCGAGUUUACAAUGCACUUGAAUUUAAAUGACGGAACUGAAAAUCCCUUUUGACACAUCCGAAGUAUCGGCAAGUCAAAUUUUGACGUAACCGAAGUUGAAUUACAUAUAUAAAGAAGGAAAUUUGACGGGACUUGAAAAUUUCUUCGACUUAAGCAGAAUUUCGAGGUAAGCGAGUUUGAGAUACCGAGUUUUGACUGUAUUACUCUAAUUAAAGUACAUGUUUCAUUCAGUAUCAAAUGUUAUGUAUUAUAACUGUAUUAUAACUGUAUUAAGUAUUAUAUAAGUUUGUAUCUGGUCACCCAAUUAGCAGUAUCUGGUAUAUUGCCAUAAUCUGUGCCGUCCAUCAUGUUUCAUGUUGUAUUCAAGAUUAGAAACUCAGGUGAUAAAAUGACAUGUAGUCACCAUAAGAGCCAGAAGAGCGGGGAGGCAUAUAAUGUUUGAACUGUCUGUCCAUCUGUCAGACUUUGUUAUGUACUCAAUUCCUACAGUUUCUAUCCAGUUGAAGUGAAGCUUAGCAUGCUUUAUCAACAUGAAAUGGACCAGCGCAUAUUGUGGGGACUUUUAAUGUCUAAUUAUUAUAUGACCGUCCUUGAAAGAGUGGGGCGUAUCAUGUGAACACACGUAUCGCCGACCAAAAGCAUGUCCGCAUUCUAGGUCAAACAGUUUUCAUCAGAUCUUCACCAAACUUGCUGACAAUGUUUGUGGGCAUAACAUCUCAGCCAAGUUCGAUAACCAGCCAAAUUGCCCUAGGCACUCUUGAAUUCUGGCCAUUGAAUUACUCGAAAAACUGAAUUUAGCCUUGCCCAAUCUCUUAGUCAAAUAGUUUUCAUCCGAUAUUCACCAAACUUGCUGAUAAUGUUUGUGGGCAUAAUAUCUUGGCCAAGUUAGAUAACCAGCCAAACAUCCCAGGCACUCUUAAAUUAUGGCCCUUGAAUUACUCCAAAAACUGCAAAUUAAGCCUUGUCCUCUAAGUCUAACAGUUUUUCAUCAGAUCUUCACCAAACUUGCCGAUAAUGUUUGUGGCCAUAAUAUCUCAGCCAAGUUCGAUAAUCUCCCAAAUUGCCCCAGUCACUCUUGACUUACUCGAAAUCUGCCUUGUCCAUUCAAACAGUUAUGAUCCAGUUGUCAAUUUCAUCCCAAAUGGAACUGUUAACAAGGCAUAAACAUCAACAUUAAUACCUUUAUGAUACAUAACUGAAUAUUUAUAUGUAUUUGUAACAGUCUCGCACUCUUGUUAUUUAUGGAGUAAAGGCCCUUUUUGGACCUAGAAUAUUACCAGUACAUCAGAACAUUUGUGUUCUCAACCUCUCCUAAUGUUUCCAUCAAAUAGAAAUGAAUCUUGGUAUACAUUUUCAUCAUGAAAUGGACAUGCACAUAUUUUUUAGCUCACCUGUCACAUAGUGAGCUUUUGUGAUCACGCAGCGUCCGUCCGUGCGUCCGUAAACUUUUGCUUGUGACCACUCUAGAGGUCACAUUUUUUGUGGGAUCUUUAUGAAAGUUGGUCAGAAUGUUCUUGAUGAUAUCUAGGUCAAGUUCGAAACAGGGUCACGUGCCAUCAAAAACUAGGUCAGUAGGUCUAAAAAUAGAAAAACCUUGUGACCUCUCUAGAGGCCAUAUAUUUCACAAGAGCUUCAUGAAAAUUGGUCAGAAUGUUCACCUUGAUGAUAUCUUGGUCAAGUUUGAAACUGGGUCACGUGCCAUCAAAAACUAGGUCAGUAGGUCUAAAAAUAAAAAAACCUUGUGACCUCUCUAGAGGCCAUAUAUUUCAUGAGAUCUUCAUGAAAAUUGGUCAGACUGUUCACCUUGAUGAUAUCUAGGUCAGGUUCGAAAGUGGGUCACGUGCCUUCAAAAACUAGGUCAGUAGGUCAAAUAAUAGAAAAACCUUGUGACCUCUCUAAAGGCCAUAUUUUUCAUGGGAUCUGUAUGAAAGUUGGUCUGAAUGUUCAUCUUGAUGAUAUCUAGGACAAGUUCGAAAGUGGGUCACGUGCCAUCAAAAACUAGGUCAGUAGGUCAAAUAAUAGAAAAACCUUGUGACCUCUCUAAAGGCCAUAUUUUUCAUGGGAUCUGUAUGAAAGUUGGUCUGAAUGUUCAUCAUGAUGAUAUCUAGUUCAAGUUCGAAACAGGGUCAUGUGCGGUCAAAAACUAGGUCAGCAGGUCUAAAAAUAGAAAAACCUUGUGACCUCUCUAGAGGCAAUACUUGUGAAUGGAUCUCCAUAAAAAUUGAUCAGAAUGUUCAUCUUGAUGAUGUCUAGGUCAGGUUCGAAAGUGGGUCACGUGCCUUCAAAAAGUAGGUCAGUAGGUCAAAUAAUGAAAAAACAUUGUGACCUCUCUAGAGGCCAUAUUUUUCAUGGGAUCUGUAUGAAAGUUGGUCUGAAUAUUUAUCUUGAUGAUAUAUAGGUCAAAUUUGAAACUGGAUCAACUGCGGUCAAAAACUAGGUCAGUAGGUCUUGAAAUAGAAAAACCUUGUGACCUCUCUAGAGGCCAUACCCUUGAAUGGAUCUUCAUGAAAAUUGGUCAGAAUGUUCACCUUGAUGAUAUUUAGGUAAAGUUCGAAACUGGGUCACGUGACUUAAAAAACUAGGUCAGUAGGUCAAAUAAUAAAAAAAACCUUGUGACCUCUCUAGAGGCCAUACUUUUCAUGGGAUCUGUAUGAAAGUUGGUCUGAAUGUUCAUCUUGAUGAUAUCUAGGUCAAAUUUGAAACUGGGUCAACUGCGAUCAAAAACUAGGUCAGUAGGUCUAAAAUUAUUAAAAUCUUUUGACCUCUCUAGAGGCCAUAUUUUUCAAUGGAUCUUCAUUAAAAUUGAUCUGAAUGUUCACCUUGGUGAUAUCUAGGUCAGUUUCGAAACUGGGUCACGUGCGAUCAAAAACUAGGCCAAUAGGUAUAAAAAUAGAAAAACCUUGUGACCUCUCUAGAGGCCAUAUUUUUCAUGAGAUCUUCAUGAAAAUUAAUGAGAAUGUUCACCUUGAUGAUAUCUAGGUAAAGUUCAAAACAGGGUCACGUACCUUUGAAAACUAGGUCAAUAGGUCAAAUAAUAGAAAAACCUUGGAUCUUCAUGAAAAUUGGUCAGAAUUUUUAUCUUGAUAAUAUCUAGGUCAAGUUCAAAACUGGGUCACAUGAGCUCAAAAACUAGGUCACUAUGUCAAAUAAUAGAAAAACGACGUCAUACUCAAAACUGGGUCAUGUGGGAAGAGGUGAGCGAUUCAGGACCAUCAUGGUCUUGUUAAAAUUUUAUGUCCGACUUUUUGGACUUCAUUAUUCUAACAAGCAUUUUCAAGGGGGCAUAUAUCAUACAAUGAUACAUCAUGUUCUUAUUUACUGUAUUGUAAUUUUUUUAAUAUUUGUGAAAGAUCUCUUCAUUUGUCAUUCUCAUUUUUCAGAUAUUCAACAUUGUCCCCGGGACAAAUCUCUGCUCUUUAAUCUUCUGUUUAUGUUUAUGUUGGUGGCAUGUACGUAGGUAUAUUGUAAUUACUAGUGGACAAGGUUUCAAGCAAUCAUUUUGCAAGUAAAGCCUAUCAACUGACAUAAGGAAGUGAGAAAGUGUACUUGUAAGAACAAGGUACACUUGUAACCCUUUAUAACAACAAAAGUUAACAACAUAUCGGCACACUACUUUAGCAAGUGUCAUCUUAGGUAGGUGUUGCUCAGGCUUUGUUAAAAACAAGUUUCCACAUGAUAAUCAUAUAUAUCAGUAAAUCUUUUUAAAGUCAGAUGAGUAAACAAAGUUUAGAUCUGCCUAACAGAUUGUCCAACAUUUUAUUUGGUUUGAACAUGAUGGAUUUGGACUAGUUUAGUCAUCUUUUUUAAGUUGUUUUUAAUUUUAUGUGUAGGUGCCAUGUUGUUUGAUGCCGUUAUAUUCGAUUUUUACAACAAUAAAUUCUUACGCCAUAAAUGUAGUAGAAAACUUUGAAAGGAUUUAUUAUUGUCUAUUCUCUUCAUGAUUUUAUUUUUAUUUUCUUAUAUUCAUAAAAUUGUAUCUCAGUCUCAGUUGUAGAGUGUUUUUAUACAAGGGGUGUUCGAAAAGUAUCCGGAAAAGUUUCUUAACUUAUUUAUUUAUAUGGAUAUUAGAAUGAAAAUUCUAAAAGUGAUACUUUGAUAUAUUUUGUACAUGAUCCAAAUGACAAAAUGAUACAAAUUGCACUCUUGCAAAAUCCACAGUCACUAUGGUAACGUUGGGCGGGGCAAACUACAGGAAUGAUUGUAGGACAUUUGCCCCCCAGAACAUUUGCCCCCCAAUGAAAAAAUAUACUACCGGACAUUUGCCCCCCAGUUGAAAUGACAGAUAGGACAUUUGCCCCCCACUUCUUAUUUUUAGAAUGGACAUUUACCCCCCAAUAUUUUUGUCCUAUCUGGCAGUAGAUAUACUGUGUUUUAUGUUGUUUUAUUAUCAAAAUUACUCUAAAAAGCAAUUUUCAGUAAAAAAACAAACUAUUUUAUUGAUAAAAAUUUGAUGAAUAUGUUAAUUACAUUCAGGUGUUAAGGUAAAUAAUACCCUAUUAUUGAGUUAUAAAAGUGCUCAUAACAAUGUUAUAAUUUUUUAAUUUGUGCAAUGUUUUUAACACUCAAACUUGUUAAUUUGGCAAUUAUCUACUAGAAAGAUGUAAGAAACAAAGACAUUGUUAUCUGCAAUAUGAUAAUUAUCUUCUACUAAGUUUCUAAAAAAAUCACUAGGGGACAAACAUUGGGGGGCAAAUGUCCGUUUCAGAAAUAAGCACUUGGGGGCAAAUGUCCUAUCUACCAUUUUCACUGGGGGGCAAAUGUCCAGCAGUCCACUAUUUUAUUGGGGACAAAUGUCCGGAUCCCUACAGGAUUAUGGCAUCUGAAAAGCCUGUCUGACGCCUCUAAAAUUUACAUCCAUUUGAAAUAUUUGCCUUUGCAUGAUACACAUUUCUCCCACCUACAAAUCCACCUGUCAAAGGAUGACCUGAAAUGCUCCUUCAGAAUUUUACGGAAUGUUUCCUGGACAACAGUGGGUAAGUCAUCAACAUCAUCAAACCUACUGCCAUGCAGCUUUGAUCUUGAGCGGUCAUCAACAUCGUGCAAAGUAUUGUUCUUGAAGACGUUGAACCAGUCAUAUAUGCUGGUUUUCUUCAUUGAAUUGGAAGUGUCCAUGACCAUGGAGAGUGUCUCUGAUUUUGUUUUUCCUAUUAAUACACAAAACUUCACGGAAUAUCGCUGCUCAAGUGCCAUAUUGACGGCUGCAUGUUCUCGGUUUCCUUUGUUUAAGGAAAUGAUGUCAUAUUUCAGCCCAUGAUGUUACACAGGAAUUGACAGAAGGGCGCAAAAGAUGCACUUGUAUUUUGGGCAGUUUUUGACGCCGAGAAUAAUAUGUCUUUAUGUACUCUUUAAAGACGCAUUAACACUUGACAUGUUUCGUGAUUUGCCGAAUAUGCUCCGCUCAACGUCAGCAGACGUUGCUAUAGAGACGGUGGAUUUUGCAUUAGUGCAAUUUGUAUCAUGUUUUCUUUCGGAUUAUUUACAAAAUAUAAUAAAUUAUCAAAGUAUCACUUUUGCAAUUUUUAUAGAGAAUAAUAGGUUAGUGCCGUAGAUGAGAAAGUUUAUCUGGGAGGUGGAGGAGGUUAUCGGGUGAGCCGAAGGCGAACCUGAUAACGUCCGGAGCCGAGCCAGAAAAACUUUCUCCAUCUUAGGCACUAACCUAUUAUUCUAUUUAUCUUGUCAUUACUUCAUUUUCCGAUAUUUGGCAAUUUAUUUUACAAAAAUAAGUAUGCGACAACCGUUUUAAUGACGUCAUAUUCGUAAUGACGUCACUUAUAUAAUGACGACAAAAUCGCAAUAACUUCUUCGUUUUUGAAUAAAAACUCAUUAUUUGACCACUCAUUUUCUUAGUUCGGACAUUUCCAACACAAUGGUGAUGGUUUCAAUGCAAAAUUUCUUAUGACAACAAUAUCAAUCAUAAGUUCACAUGAUCAACUGACCGUAUAUCACUGGUCACGUGUCAACUGACGGUAUAUCAAGAAAGAUAUACGGCACCCUGAUAUCGGGACGAAAAUACUGCAAGUGACAGGAUAAAUAAUAAUAACCAUAUAAAUAAAUAAGUUAUGAGACUUUUCCGGAUACUUUUCGAACACCCCUUGUAUGUAUGUUUCACAUUUUAGGGCAUUAUUUACUGUUUUGUCUUUUCUUGUGCCUCCCAACAGAGGCAUAUUGUAGUUGUACUGUCCAUCUGUCUGAACAUGUAUCUGUUGAAGAAUGCUUAGGCGUACAGGCACCAAUCUUCACGGGAUGAUUGGCUGUAGAAGUUAUAUAACCCAUAUUGUUUUAGGGGUUAGUGACCUUACACCUGAAAACAAUAACUGAAAAACACUUUUGCCUAUAGAUGUCAAAAUUCAUAAGAUGAUUAAAGGUCAGUGUCACAGGACAUUGAAGCUGAAUAUGGUUUCCAAUUGAUAUAUGAAGAACUUUUUGGCCUACAGGCAUCAAACUUCAAAGGAUGAUUUCCUGUGGUCAGUAAUUGACCUCUUUUUUUAGGUCAGUAGGUCAAACAUAAAGGUUACAGUGACAUUGAGACUGAAGCUUUGUGGUCUACAGUCGCCAAACUUCAGAUGAUGAUGCUUGUGGUCAGUAGAAGAACCCUAAUGAUUUUGUUUGUUUUUGAGUCGGCUAAACGCUGAAAGCAUUUUGACAAGUCCUUGCUGUUCAGCGAUUCUCUAAAUGGACCAAAUAACACAGUGAAGGGAUGUAGUUCCAUUAGAUUUCUCAAACUUCAAACAGUUCACUGCAUGAAUGAAGUUAAGUUGUGUCAAUUCCCUUUGCUAUGACCAAUAUACAAUGUAAUCUGUCAUAUUUAUGACUUGUAAUUGUGCAAUACUCGAAUGUAACUCAUUAAGCAUAAAUGUGCAUUUUAUGAAUUGCGCAGGCUUACAAAGCUUGCGUAACAUCCAGCGAAAGACAAAAAAUAGUUCCAUAGGGCUCCAGAUAAGAUGCGUAUUAGCGUAAAUUACGUAUAGAAAUAAUGCAAAUACGCAUGUCUGAUAAUUUCUGAGCGUAUAAAAACGUAUAUUAAAUUACAGAAAUGCACACAAUGCUUUUUUAAAAACAAAAUCUGAAUCGUCUGGAUGCGUUAGGUAACAUAGCCGAUCAGCCUUAAUUCUCCCACAUUGAACGUAUACACGCAUCGUAUGAUUUCUAUAAACUUUGCGUGGGUUGAAUUUUGCAGUCAGUAAACGGAUAAAUUAUCGGAAGAAGAAGCUCUUACUGGUUUGUUUAGUUACUACAGAUAUUAAAAAUGAUUUUAAUUCUUAUUUUUCGAGAAAUGAACAAAUCGGCGAAACAUUAAAUUGUAUUUUCUUGUAGUUUUUGAAAUCGAAAGUAGAUCGUCUAUGUUUGGCUGCUUUCACGAAACGAAACAACUUUUUUAUGAAAAGAUAUAAAUAAGAGGUAAUUUAACCGUAAAUUUCAAUGUCAGAUACUGCCAAUUGCUGCUAAAUGUCUUCGUAUCAUCACAAUUUGUAAAAUAUAUUGUUGAAACUGGAGAGAAGUGUAAUCGUAUCCGGAUAUAAUAUUUUGGGUAAAUAUCGAGAUGUGUUAUGAAAUUUUAAGAAAAAAACUAAAAACAAACUGAAACUGGUAGACUAUACUGUCAGUACAUCAAUCAUUAGCCGACUCAGGCCCUUCAGGCCUUUGAUUAUUUUUUUUUUGGUGGGGGGGGAGUAGGUCAGAGGUCAAGGUCACAGUGAGACUGAAAACGAUAACUAAAGAAUGCUGUGGCACACAUCUUGUUUUACUAUAUGCAGUGUGCACAUAUCAUGUUUUAUGUUGAUUGUUAAUGUUACUUUUAAGGCUGGGUAAAGUUGCUUUAGAAAUAAAUGUUUUUUAUCUAUAUUUGAUCAAAGCCAUGUCUCAAAAUGUUUAAUAUAUACUUGUGUCUGUGUGUUGUUAUUUUGUUAUGCCCCCAAAUUUAUGUCGGGCCAUAUAGCAUUGCUGCUGUCUGAACGUACUUCUGUUGUACAUCCCAAAAAUUUGUGUGAAUAUAGAGAAAUAACUUGUGUGUACAACUUCUCCCACACUAUUAGCCUGAUUUGCUUCAAACUUUCACAGAUGAACAAGCUUGAUAUGCAGACGACCAUAGUUACGAACUUUUGCUAUGACUAUUUGUAAUGCAGUAAUGGCCCUUUAAUAGUUUUGCAUAUAGAAUAUAGAGAAAAAUGUGUGUCCAACUCCUCAAAUGCUAUGAAAGGAUUUGCUUGUAAAUUUCACAAAUGAAGGACCUUGAUGUGAAGAUGAUCAUUUUCUGUGGCUAUUUUUUCUACAAUUACUGUUCUUUCUUAAUUUCACAAAAUAGGCCAUAGUGUUCAACUCAUCAUGCACUUUUUGAAGAAAUGGAUUCAAAUUUGCCCAGAUGCACAACCUUAAUCUGAAUACAAUUUGCUUCAAACUUUUAGUCGAACAUUCUUCAUUUGAAACUUUGCUAAUAGAAAAUAGUGCAAUACUGUAUAGCGGGUUAUUUCUACGGGUGGGAUAAUUUUGCGUUUCUGUGGUCUCUCAGUAUAAUUGCAAAAAUAUUUCCAGCAGAAUUUUUACCCAGAAAAAAUUUAAACCGCAAAAUAAUCUGCAUUUUUUCACCAACUUUUUCACGCUAUUUUACCCAAGGUAAUCCAAAGUUCACAAUAGGAUGGUCUAAUUAUUGGACAUUACUGCCGUCGUCUAUCAAUUACUGAUAAUUGUAUGAUUGAGUGUGAUGGUCCAGCAAAGUCCUAACUGUUAAUCCCACAGAAUUUUUUUCAUGUUAUAGCAGUUUGCUAACAUAUACUUUUUCAAUUAACAUGUAAUUAUAUCUUACAAUGUAUUCAUUCAAAGCAGAGUUUCUUUAUUUUUCACGCGCUAGUAAUUCUCACAGCGACGCAUCAUUCGGAGAAUUACCUACUCCUUCGCAUUGAAAACGCAGAAAUCUAUCUUUUUUUUAUGUGAAAGCGCAGAAAUAAAACACACAGAAAUUUAUUCCACAAUUUUUGGGACCAAAACGCAGAAGUUUUUGACCGCAGAAAUAACCCGCUAUAUGGUAUGCAGGGGGGGAUCCAUGUCCAAUAAACAGAGACUGGUGAAGUAUAGGGGCAUCCAUGUCCAAUGAACACAAUUCUAGUUUUGUUUCAUUUACUUUAAGUGCACCUGUAAAUGUGAAGCUGAUAUUUGCCUUAUGUCAUACAUCGUUAAAUGUCUUAGUUACAUGUAGUUUUAAUCUGUAACAAAUAUUUUAUGGAAAUUUUUAUUGUUGUAUAACCUUUACAUAAAUGUUUUUUUUACACCCAGUUGUCCCAGAUCAUGUUUUUUAGAUUGUACUGAGAUAUUAUUCAAGUUUAUCUCUAGCUACUAAUGGCACUAUCCGGGAACCUCACCAACCAAUGAGCAAAGAUCUAUGUGCAUAAUUUACACAGGGUCAAAAAGUAGGUCACUAGGUCAGAUCAAAGGAAAAGCUUGUUAACACUCUAGAGGUCACAUUUAUGACUGUAUCUUCAUGAAACUUAGUCAGAAUGUUAAUCUUGAUGAUCUUUAAGUCAAGUUCGAAUCUGGGUCAUGUGGGGUCAAAAACUAGGUCACCGGGUCAAAUCAAAGGAAAAGCUAGUUUACACUUUAGAGACCACAUUUAUGACCAUAUCUUAAUGAAACUUGGUCAGAAUGUUAUUCUUGAUGAUCUUUAGGUCAGUAGGUCAGGUGAGCGAUACACGGCCUUCAUGGCCCUCUUGUUAUGUUUCAUGAAAAGAACAAUGAUCUGAUAAAAAUGUUUUAUUUGACUGAAGUAUUGAUAUUUUUCAGUCAAGCUUAUUUUCAGUUUCAUUAUUGUAAUACAAAUUUUACAGUCAAGGUCAAAUAUUGAACUAGUCUUACAGGUUGGGUUAGAAUCCUUUGCUGAUUUGUAUUUUUGGGGGAAUUGUACUGGAAUUGAAAACACAUGUAUUUGGCAAUAGUUCCUGUGCCAAUAAUGUUGCUGUCUUGAAAGUCAUGUUAUAUAAUACCUCUCAUGUUGAUGGGCAGCACAUAUGACCAGUUCAAUAAUAAGAUAGUGUGAAUGCAACUUGGUUUUAACAAACAAUUUCUGAUCUAGUUCAUUUAAGAUUAUACAUGUAGAUAAAUGAGGGAAUAUUUCUCAUGUAUUUUGAAAGUGCCAUAAUGCCCAUAAUUAUUUCUAGCCCAUUUUCAGUUGUUCAGUUUCACUUUCUAUUUCAUUUAUUAGACAGGCAGCAUUUUUUCUCUUAUGCCAUGAAUGUUUUAAAGUUCAUAAAGUCUCCACCAGCCAUAUUUCUUUAUUUAAGCCUCGCCAUGAGAAAACCGACAUAGUGGCUUUGUGACCAGCAUGGAUCCACACCAGCCUGCGCAUCCGUGCAGUCUGGUCAGGAUCCAUGCUGUUCGCUAAUGGUUUCAUGUGGAGUUGUCCCUCGCAAAAUUUGGAGUAGACCCUUAGCUCAAAAGCCAAGGUCCAAUGCUUUUAGUAAUUUUUCUUGUUCUGUCAAUACAGUCAAGACUGCCUUAGCGACUCCCUGAAUUUAAUGACUCCCUGUCUUAUGUGACCCUAGUCAAGUCCGCCCGAUGUAAAAUGCUAUAAAAUGAGUCCGUAUUUAGAGACUCCCUGUCUAACGUGACAAGCGACCUUCAUUUUUCGGUCAGAUUUGUUUCAGUUCUUCUUUUUAAGCAACUUUAUCCGUACCGGUUUGCCGAUUUUCGGGCCGAAUUCAAUCGCACUGGGUUUAAAAUUCAGAAAUUAUUAAAAAGUCCAUCACAAAAUGGUUUUAAAAGUUUGAUUUCGACUUGGCAAUUCAGUUUGUCUAAUGACCAGCUAAUUAUGUCAUUGUUUAGUGUCAAACGAUCUCAUAAUCCCCUAUUGUGUACGAAGAGAAUAGACCAAGGUGUAAUCAAUUAGUGAUAAGUUUACACAUCAGUGUGUUUGGGUACCACAAGAGCCCGGCAUGGGCGAUCUUUCAGACCUGUAUUUGUAAGUGAGUGGGGUAUCGGAGGACCGUUUGUGAACUCCCUGCCAUAUGCGACUUUAUUUCAUCUGUCCCAUCGAAGGUCACAUAUGACAGGCUUGACUGUAAUUCUUUAUAGAUGAAGGGGAUAUUCAAAUAACUUAACAUAAACAUUUAAAUAUGACCUUUGCAAGACUUCGAUUUCUAGUUCAAAGUUUGAAACGUCACAUUUUGGGUUCAGUUUAAAUGAUCUGUUGUUGAAGUGCCUUCUUUAAGGAAACAUACUUCUGUGUCUUAAUAUAACAUAAAAGGGUGCAUUUUUCUCUAUGAACACAUUUCUAGAAGUUUUAUGUUGAUUGUUUAUUUGGAUAAAUUUUUAUUUAAUUUGAAUGUUUUUAUAAAUCUGUUUUAAAAAUGAUAUAGCAAAUUGCCAUAUUUGGUACAAAGAUACAGCAAAUUGCCAUAUUAGACACAAAGAUAUAGCAAAUUGCCAUAUUAGAUACAAAGAUAUAGCAAAUUGCUAUACUAAAUACGAGCAUAUGGCAAAUUGACAUAUUAGAUACAACAUUUUUUAUACAUAUUGUUUUUAUGCCCCCGAAGGGAGGCAUAUAGUUUUUGAACCGUCUGUCGGUCUGUCCGCAAUUUUCGUGUCCGGUCCAUAUCUUUGUCAUCGAUGGAUGGAUUUUCAAAUAACUUGGCAUGAAUGUGUACCACAGUAAGACGACGUGCAGUGCGCAAGACCCAGGUCCGUAGCUCAAAGGUCAAGGUCACACUUAGACGUUAAAGGAUAGUGCAUUGAUGGGCGUGUCCGGUCCAUAUCUUUGUCAUCAAUGGAUGGAUUUUCAAAUAACUUGGCAUGAAUGUGUACCACAGUAAGACGACGUGCAGUGCGCAAGACCCAGGUCUGUAGCUCAAAGGUCAAGGUCACACUUAGACGUUAAAGGAUAGUGCAUUGAUGGGCGUGUCCGGUCCAUAUCUUUGUCAUCGAUGGAUGGAUUUUCAAAUAACUUGGCAUGAAUGUGUACCACAGUAAGACGACGUGCAGUGUUCAGACCCAGGUUCGUAGCUCAAAGGCCAAGGUCACACUUAGAUGUUAAAGGACAGUGCAUUGAUGGGCGUGUCCGGUCCAUAUCUUUGUCAUCGAUGGAUGGAUUUUCAAAUAACUUGGCAUGAAUGUGUACCACAAUAAGACGACGUGUCACAUGCAAGACCCAGGUCCGUAGCUCAAAGAUCAAGGUCACACUUAGACGUUAAAGGAUAGUGCAUUGAUGGGCGUGUCCUGUCCAUAUCUUUGUCAUCGAUGGAUGGAUUUUCAAAUAGUAAGACGACGUGCAGUGCGCAAGACCCAGGUCCGUAGCUCAAAGGUCAAGGUCACACUUAGACGUUAAAGGAUAGUGCAUUGAUGGGCGUGUCCGGUCCAUAUCUUUGUCAUUGAUGGAUUGAUUUUCAAAUAACUUGGCAUGAAUGUGUACCACAGUAAGACGACGUGCAGUGUGCAAGACCCAGGUCCGUAGCUCAAAGGUCAAGGUCACACUUAGACGUUAAAGGAUAGUGCAUUGAUGAGUGUGUCCAGUCCAUAUCUUUGUCAUCGAUGGAUGGAUUUUCAAAUAACUUGGCAUUAAUGUGUACCACAGUAAGACGACGUGUCCUGCGCAAGACCCAGGUUCGUAGCUCAAAGGCCAAGGUCACACUUAGAUGUUAAAGGAUAGUGCAUUGAUGGGCGUGUCCGGUCCAUAUCUUUGUCAUCGAUGGAUGGAUUUUCAAAUAACUUGGCAUGAAUGUGUACCACAAUAAGACGACGUGUCACACGCAAGACCCAGGUCCGUAGCUCAAAGAUCAAGGUCACACUUAGAUGUUAAAGAUCAUUUUUCAUGAUAGUGCAUUGAUGGGCAUGUCCGGUCCAUAUCUUUGUCAUUCAUGCAUGGAUUUUAAAAUAACUAUGCAUGAAUGUGUGACACAGUAAGACGAUGUGUCGCGCGCAAGACCCAGCUCCAUAGGUCAAAGGUCCUAAACUCUAACAUCGGCCAUAACUAUUCAUUCAAAGUGCCAUCGGGGGCAUGUGUCAUCCUACGGAGACAGCUCUUGUUAUUUAUUAUAUUUAUUUGCUCUUUACCAAAAUAGGUGAUUUGUAUUUGACAAAUGUUGCCAUUGCCUAUUGUCUUACUACACAAUAAAUCUCUGAAAAUGACUGUCAGAAUUCAGUCAGGAGCAUCCUUACAUCGUUCUUUUUUAUUAUGUAUUCUUUUAAAAAUAUCUGUUUAGGCGAAAUUGUUGUUGUGCAAGUUAGCACAUUUUACAUAUGCAUUGAUCAAAACAUUUUCAUCAGUUGUUUGACAUUUUUUGUCUUUGUAAUUUUAUGACUUUAGCAGCUAAGCCUAUGUCACUGUGCCAGUAUUAGUUAAUUCCAUAGGAUGUUUUUAAAGGGGCACACCUCCACAUUGUCAGUAUUGUCAAAUUGGUAUCAAAGUGAAGGAAUUCAUCAAUUAUACAAGUCUCAGCUGAAAUGUUAUAGAUUUAUACCUGUAGGUUUGGAUAUUUUAUAGAGAUGGCAAUAUGUUAUUAUGAUGUACAUAAGCAGGUAUGCCCUUUUAAAAUGUGAGGACUAUUGUUUAGUGAGAUAGGGACCUCAUCAUUUUUAGAAAUGUGAUCGUAAUCUUCUCUUUCAAUGAGUGGUUUUAAUCUGCUGGCCAGGUUAAUGUUGUCUCUCAUUCAGGAAAAAAUUUUGAUCAGAUUUUAUCCAAUGAACUUAAGAGUCUUACUUGACAGCAUACCUAUCGGUAUUUAUUUGGCCUGUUUCUCUUGCUGUGUAAUUCUUCUAAAUCAAAUCUAUCUCUAUGUCAGUUUUGGAAUUUUUUGGCAAGUUGCUGUUUCUAUAGUAAGGCGUAAACGACCCUAAAUUUUUUGCCCAACCCUAAAUGCUUUUAUGGCCUUGGAGAAUUUUUUUUUCAACUGCAUGUUUUAUGCUUUAAACAUGGUCAGUGAUGUUAGAAAUCAACUAACUGAUGAACUAAAGGCAUAACCCCCUUAUUUUUAUUCAUUUUGACACAAAAAUAAUUUGCAAAAAGUCUUUGUUUAAAAAAAUAAUAAUAAAAAUUUGGAUCUACUUAUCCUAUUUUUUUAGCAUAUAUCAAAAAAAACAAAGAUUUUUUUUUAGGCCUAAUGAUUAGAUAUGUCUGAGAACCAUCCUAUUAUGACAUUAUUUUCACUUGAACAACUUCUUCUCUGACACUGCUGCUCAGAAUUAUGCCAGACUUUGUUGCAUCCCGGCAUUGACCUCUUUCAAAUGCGCUCAGAUUGUAAUGCUUGGCCCUUUCAAGGGCUACCUGAGCAAAAAAAUAGAAAAAAAAACUUUAAGCAUUUAAUUUUUAUAAUAUAUAUUCAUUACCAAACUUGGCUUGUAGUAUCUUUACUCAGUUAUCUCUCAGGUUUGUUCAAAAUGGUUCUAUUUGGCCCCUCUAGGGACUGCCAGAGCUAAAUAUAGAAAAACCUUUAAACAGCUUCUUCUCAUGAUCAGUUUGAUGGUUUAUCACCAAACUUGGCCUGUGUUAUCCUUGCAUGUACUUAUUUCAGUUUUUGGGUCUUUUAGGGGCAGCCAGCUCUAAAAAUAGAAAAUGUUUAAACAACUUUUUGUCAUGAACUGCCCGAUGAAUCAUCACCAAACUUGGCCCGUAACAUCCAUGCAUAGACCUUAGUCAGUUUUGUUCAGUGGCUCUGCUUGGCCCUGUGUAAGGGCUGCCAGAGUAAAACUAGGGAAAAAAAGCUUAAAACAACCCAUGAACCACUUGUUGAUCUUCCCAAACAUAUUCUAUAACAUUUUUGUAUGGAUCUCUCUAAAGUGUGUCUAAAUGGUUCUGCUUGGGCCCUUUUAGUGGAUACCAGAGGUAAAAAUAGAAAAAUCUUUAGACAACAUCUUCCAAGGAUCAUUAAAAACUUUGCCUGUAGCAUCAUUACAUGGACAUCUGUCAGAAUCCUUCAAAUGGUUCCACUUGGCCCUUUUCAGGGGCUGCCAGAGCUAAAAAUAGGAAAACCUUUAAAAGACUUCCCAUGAAACACUUGAUGGAUAUUCAGCAAACUCGGUUGGUUUGUAGUAUUGUUUUAUAGCCCUCUGUCACAUUUAUUCAGUUGACUCCGAUUGGCCUCUGUCUAUUUUUUUUUCAAAUGGUUCCACUUUACCAAUUUUUGGCAUCAGAGCUAAAAGUAGAAAACCUUGAAACAACUUCUUAUAAACUGCUUUAUGGAUUGUUGCCAAUCUUGGCCUAUACCUCUCUCAAUGUUGUUCAAAGGUUUAACUUUGCUCUUUUAAAGACCAGAGCCGAAAAAAGAAAAACUUUUACAUGAAGUGCUAGAUCUUCACCAAAUUUGAUCUAAAGCACACUUGGUUGGACCAUCUCUCUUAGGUUUGCUCAAAUUGCUAUGCAUUUUGGGCCUUCACAGCAAAGUUAGAAAAAAUGGAUCUGCUUAACCCCCUUUUAAGGGACCACCAGAGCUAAAUAUAGAAAAACCUGAGAAGAUAUACCACUUGAUUGAUCUUCAACAAACUAGUCUGUAGCAUAAUGGUAUGGAUCUCUCUCAUCUUAUUAAUUCCACAAAUGAUUCCGCAAUUUUAAAAAAAGUCAAGGUCCUCUUCAGGUGAGUGCUUUGGACCCAAUUGGGCUUCUUGCUUAUCAUACUGGUCUGCAUGAGAGGUUACAAAGCAUGAUUCAACUGUGAUUUGUUUCUCAGGUGUCUCAUUCUACAUUCCAGACAGUUUUCUAUAGACACAUUAUCACAGAUAUUUUAGAUAUUAUUUAUUAUUAACAUAUUAAAUGUUACUUUGUUGAUUUCAGUUUAAAACAUUGUAUGAAAUGUAAACUCUAAUUAUUACUGUUUUUUCCUUGCAUUAUGUUAUCUGUGUCACAUUGUCUUUAUUUUUAGACCUGAAAAAAAAUAAAGAAAAUGAAAAUUUGAAA